CGCGUUCCCCGUGACGGCGCUGCGCGCGCCCCGUUCCGCCGGCCGCGGCGGCAGCGCCAGCGCCAGAUCGUUGUUUGAAUAUUAAUCUACAUUUACCUCAGUAUUUCAAAGUCUGUUGAUAGUUUGGAUAAAUGAUGGCUCAACUCCAACAAGGAGGUCCAGAUGAAAAAGAGAAGACCACUGCAUUAAAGGAUUUAUUAUCUAGAAUAGACUUGGAUGAACUAAUGAAAAAAGAUGAACCACCACUUGAAUUUCCUGAUACUUUGGAAGGAUUUGAGUACAUUUUUAAUGAAAGAGGACAAUUAAGACAUAUUAAGACUGGAGAGCCAUUUGUUUUUAAUUAUCGUGAAGAUUUGCAUAGAUGGAAUCAAAAGCGCUAUGAAGCUCUUGGAGAGAUCAUUACUAAAUACAUCUAUGAACUACUGCAGAAUGAAUGUCGCUUGAAGAAAGUGACUCUUCCAGUUGAUGCAACUGAGACUGAACCAAAGAGCUUUAUCUUUAUGAGUGAAGAUGCAUUAGUAAAUCCUGACAAACUCUUGGUCCUAAUUCAUGGUAAUGGUGUUGUCAGAGCUGGUCAGUGGGCUAGGAGACUCAUAAUUAAUGAAGAUCUGGACAGUGGGACCCAGAUACCGUACAUAAAGAGAGCUAUCGAGGAAGGCUAUGGAGUAAUAGUUCUGAAUCCCAAUGAGAACUACAUUGAAGUAGAGAAGACAAAAGCGCAAAUACAACUGUCUUCUGAUAUCACAGAUGAACCUGCAGAAAAGAGAGAAAGAAAAGAUACAAUCCAGAAGGAAACAAAGAAGAGACGUGACUUCUAUGAAAAGUACCGAAAUCCACAAAAAGAAAAAGAAACUAUGCAAAUCUAUAUUAGAGAUAAUGGCUCUCCUGAAGAACAUGCAAUUUAUGUUUGGGACCAUUUUAUUUCCCAGUCAGCUGCAGAGAAUGUGUUUUUUGUUGCUCACAGCUAUGGUGGACUUGCCUUUGUAGAGUUGAUGAUUCAACGAGAGGCAGCAGUAAAGAAUAGGGUAACUGCUGUGGCGUUGACAGACUCAGUUCACAAUGUGUGGCAUCAGGAAGUUGGGAAAACCAUUCGAGAGUGGAUGCGAGAGAACUGUUGUAACUGGGUGUCCAGCUCUGAACCCCUCGACACGUCAGUGGAGUCCAUGCUGCCUGACUGUCCCCGUGUCUCUGCAGGAAAGUAUCAGCUUGCCAUAAAGAUCUGAGGUCUGCCUGCCUGUGCAGAGGAAUGGGUGCAACUUUGGAGGACAAGGACCUGAAAGAACACAAGAGGAACCCUGUGCUGUUGACUGGCAAUUGGUUAUUUUCCUUUGAGAUGGUGAAUUGAGACCCCAUCCACUGACAUGGAAAGUUGGUUGUUGCUUCUAGUGUCAGUGGCCUAACCACUGCACUGUCUUAUAAGUGAAGGCCCUCCCUUCCUCAUCUGUCUUAAAAAUAGAGUGGAUUUCCAUCUGUUUUUUUAAAUAAACAACAUUCAUUACUUCCAGGCUGCAGCAUUCAUGGCAUUUCUAGUUUCCAUUACUUUAAUCAGCCAGUCUGUCCUAGCUAAUUAUUUUUACCAAUGCUUUGUAAAUGCCAUGCAUUUUUUAAAAAGUGGAUCAUGGGAUGGAGAAGUCUCAUAAGUGGAGAGGCAAAGUGUUCAUUCAAGCUAACAGUAAGAUUUCUGGUACACUAAGCAGAGGAGUUGGUUACACAUUAAAGGAGAGCCAAAAUACUGUUUUUCAUGUUCUGUCAUCUCUGGGUGACAACAAAGAGAAACCACAAACAUGCAGUGGACAUGGCACCAAAAUGUGAUGGGCUUCCGCACAAACCGAAUGCCACAGGUUGUUCUCAUUGAGCUAACCAAGCAAGAGCAUGACUUAAACAAAGAUAUUAGAUGCAAAAUUGGUCAUUAAUACCAGUAUACCCAGCCUGUGAGAAAUGUGGGUUAAGUGGAAAACAGAUACCAUCAGGGAGUCUGUCAUGUUGAAUGCUGUCAGUAGAAAAUGUACACACAUUAUCUUGGGAAUGUCAGGUCCCCUUACUUCUCUACAUCCUUGUACAGAGUGUCCUUUUUCCAAAGCAGCUCAGAGCUCAGCAGAGAAGUGAGGACGUUUUCUGUUAUAAAGUUUUAGAAAUUGCAGGUGAAAUAGAAGUAUGAGUGUUUAUAUCACCUGCUGGCUGACUGUCCCCCUUUAGAGAACUCUUCUACACAAUGCAGACAAGUCCUGGUUUGUUUUAUGGCAGUUUGUGUCUUCACUGGAAUGACAUUUUUAUUUGUAUGGUUUUAGCUGUAUUCACAGCUUGUAGUUUGCACCUGCAGAUAAAUAAUUUUAUCUUGGUAACAGAGGUACAAUCAAUCCCAGGUGAAUUGAUUUGCCAUCAUCCAAAGCUAUUAUCAACCAUGUAAUAUAUAUUUUUUGUAGAAAUGAGGGAGUAGAAAUUGAUUUUGAAUAGUUAUUCUUUCCAUACACAGGAUCUUUCAUUAUAUAUUCUGUUAAUUCUGGUAUUAUUUUUCUCUGCUACAUGUCUUUUUCUAAACUUUUCCUCUGAUUUCAUGCCUAACUUUGUUAAUGCUACUAAAUGAUUUACUGGAGCUCUACAAGUGAUAUUUCAUUCUCCAGGGAGACUGAGCUGAGUGCUGUCCCCAAAUCUGAUACAAUAUUGUGUUAGAAUUAAUAUGGAUAUUGAUGCAAAAUUAAUGCCAAUAGACUCCACAUCUAAUCCCCCACUCCCUAACUCAAGUUCACUGGCAGCAACAGCAAGUUACUUCUUUGAUUUCAGUUCUAGAUGUGCAAUAUUUAUGAGAGGUAGCACUUUACAGCUUUACUUUGGUUAUUGUUAUUCCAAUGCACAUUAAAACAGUUUUUGGAACUGAAUUUGUUCCAACACUGUUGUCAGACCUGACUUAAACAAAACAGAGUUGGGGCUUUCGUAUAUUUUGCUUGUGGCUUACCCCUGUAGAAGUUACAUGACCAGCUUCCUGAAGAUGCAGCAUAUAAUUAUUAUUUUGCCAGUUGUACCUAUACAGGACUGUGCAGGGCACUGCUCAGAGUUGUAAGUGCCUGUGAUGUGCAGGGCAGUAUGCGACCAUUUCACUUCUCACUUCUGCUUUGUAUGUCUGCAGAGUCUGGCUUGAGUGCACUAUUUGAAUGUAAUUAGUAUAACUAACACCUAAUAUGAAAGAGCAGGAUAGAAGUCAUCACCAGACUUCAAAGGUUUUUAUAGAUUGGUGGGCAGUCUUUCCCUUCAUAUAGUCUGUUGUAUCUUCUGAGAAUGGCUGAAAUAUUCAGUGAUCUCUAACCUUGACAUGUUAGUCUCCUGUAUUUUACUGGUCACAUGCAACUUUCUUUUUUUUCUGUCUAUUUAGACAGGCAUGGUCUUUCUGAUCAUAAAAUCACAGGCUCAUGAACUGGUUUGGGUUGCAAAGGACCUUAAAGAUCAGGUAGUUCCUGCCACUCACCGUGAGCAGGGACAGGUGUCUCCCUUUUCCAUUCAAAUAUGUGUGCCUAGGUAAAGAGCUUUUUGAUGGGUAAUAAAGAUUGGUUUAAACAAUUUUGAUCCUCUUGUCCUGCUAGCUUCAGACUCAUUGAAAAUGGUUCUUUUGGUACACUUUGUUAUGUAGAUUGUGUAUAGCUUUUGAGGCAUAGGCUUAGGUUUAAAAUGUAGCUGUUAAAAUACAGGACAUUGUACAACCAUUUUCAAAAGAUAAGACUUUUUUGAGUUGCUUUCUUAAAUCUAACUGUCCAAACAUAGUUUUGUUUGUAUUUUCACUAAAUGUGAAAACUUACACUGGUUAAGUGUGCAAUUCAGUGAUUGUUUACAUGAUGGGGAAAAAUCAAUAGAUAUUCCCCUGGGGUUUUUUUGGAAUGGGAGUCAAAUUCCCAUCAAGAAAACUUGCCUAUUCUUGGUGAGCUUGAUCUUUCUUCCCCUUGCACUCAGCAUUGCAUCUCUCCCAUCUAUCCCAAUGUGCAUGGCUGGAUUUCCAUAGCAGAACCUCUUUUUCAGGCAUCAUGCAGUUGCUUCUCCUGAAGCAGUGGGCGGAGGAGAGGAGGGGUAUUUCUUUCUAAUCACCUCCUGGAUACAUUUGUCUCAGGAGUGCUGUGGUUGUUUCCAUGAUCAGAGACAAGCAGACCUCCCUGGGCAGGAUGCUUCUCUGUCUUACAGCCUCAACCCUUUGCUGCUCCAGCAUCCCACCCUGUGGUCCCUCAUGGUGUCUGUAGAUCUGGGAAGAGAAUGCUCAGAA